CUCCUCAAUUUCAAAAAGGGAUGGAUGUCUAGACUGGGAGAAGAUGGACAGUGGAGGAAGCACUGGUUUGUUUUAACUGACCAGACUUUGCGAUUCUAUCGUGACCCUGUAGCAGAGGAGGCAGCUGAUUUGGAUGGUGAGAUCAACUUGUCUACUUGUUACGACGUUACUGAUUACCCAGUACAAAGGAAUUAUGGCUUUCAGAUACAUACAAGAGAUGGUGUCUUCACCCUUUGUGCAAUGACUUAUGGAAUACGACGUAACUGGGUCCAGGCAAUAAUAAAAAAUAUCCGGCCCUCCAUUACACCUGAUGUCACAUGUUAUAUUCCUCAGAAGGUGCCAGUGACAGGUGCACAUGCUCGUACAGGCUCAUCCCAAUACAACACGAUUCCCCAGGAGGAGGAGCAAAGAAGUCGAGUCCGAGAGCGCCGUAGAGAGGGACGCUACAAAACCUUUGAUUGGGCUGAAUUGGGAUAUAAACGGCACAAGGAAGAGUUUUUAAAUGACCUGUCAGGAAGGCAGUGGAAUCAUAAAGGUCAAUGUUCAGUGCCUCCUGCACCUGCGUCAUCUCCUGAAGAGCCAAUCAUACGUUCUGCCUUGGAGAAUGAAUAUCCGCAGAAAAUGAGGCUUUUUCAGGGGCGAAGCUUGAACAUUAUGGCCACUGAUUUAUCAUCUCACUCAUUAAAUAUGGCCGUUUCUAGUCGCACUUCUCCAGAAUCAAUCAGCCCAGACAGUUUAGAAGUCGAUGCAGGGACAAUCCGUCUCCUUUGUGACAAAUCUGUUGAACUACUGGAAUCAAAGGUCAAAGAAAAAAAGCAGGUUGAUCGCUCGACCUCUCCGUUACCAGUCACCUUCUCUUCAUUCGCAGCACAGACAGAAUGGCAGUGGGAUGUGGAGCUCCAGAGCCUGCGCAGAGAGAUGAAGGCUGAGCAUGAGAGGAAUCAGACCCAAGAAAAAGAGUUAAAACUUAGUGAAGCCAGACUUCAAGCUGAGCUUAACGAUAGCCAGGGAUGUCUUCAGAGGGCAGAAUUGAGGAUUAAAGAGACAGAAACCUAUCUAAAGGAGCGCGAUGAGGUCACAGAGAGUCUAAAUGUACGACUGGAAGAGGUAACAGCUCGUCUAAAAGCAACGGAAGAGGCGCAAGCUUUAAAGGAGGUCCGUCUGCAAAGACAUUUACGCCUCUUGCAAGAAAGCCAAGAACGAGAGAGGAGAAGCUUCAGUGAUAGUCUUGACCAAUCAGAACAGCGAGCAAAGGAACUAGAGGAACGUCUGCGACAAAAAGAGGCAGAGAUUCAGAAAAAAACAACAGGAGAAGCUACUGAUGAUCUUCUCCGAAAGUGCCAGGAGCUACAAAACCAGCUUGAUGAGUCAGACAGUGAGGUUGGUCGCCUACAGGCACGCCUUCAAACUGAGGAGACCCUUUAUUACGACCUGGAGCAUGAUUAUGAAAGAGCUUGUGAGGAGAUACAGAGUGUGCGAGGUGCUCUGCUGGAUUGCGAGAGGAUAAAUGAGGAGCGCUUACAAACCCAGCUGCUGCUACAACAGCAAGAGCUGGAAAAGAAGGAGCGGGAACUUCAGGAAGUGCUUGUUAAGUUGGCCGUACUAGGUAGCAGUUUAGAGGAGACGGAGCUAAGGCUCAAGCAAGCUCAGAUGCAUUAUUCUGAAGCUAAUGAUAUGUUGAUGGAGCCAUCCAGACAGAAAGGGAAAAGAGAUCUGGAUCAUCACCCUGCUACACAGGGAGGAGAAACGCACAGAGUGAUCUCUGUUAUCCAGGCGUUAGAACGCAAAUUGUGUGACACUGAAGAGCGACUCCAGGAGCUUAAUGUGCAUCUUCAACAACAGCAACAGAUCAGCAGUGGUCCACAUGCACUUAAUGAUUCUCGGUACUCCCACAGUUCCCUCCAAAAUCCAGAACUCUCUAUAGAUGCUUUGCCAAGUUUUACUGGAUCUUUGCAUAGACCUCAGGAAACUACUUCAGACAGAAUUUCAGACAAGGCUAAGUUCUCGCUUCAUGACGAUGGAAGUCCAGGGAACAGUCUGGCCAUGGCCAGCAGAGUGUUGUCAAUGGAGGCACUAGUUGUCCAAAGGAUUGCGUCUGCACUUGAGCAUCCCAGCUCAAAUCUUCUUAGCAGAUUGUCUGAUGUGCAUGUCCAAGUGCUGAGGAUGACUCAAGUAGGCAGUAAUAAUGGGACUGUGCAAGCAAGUUUCUCUCGGUUCUUCGUUAACUCUCUUGAGCAAGAUCUGCUAGACAAUACACUGAGUGAAAGUACAAUCCAUAGCCUAUGUGUAAGAGCAGAGAUGGCCUACCUCCUACAUACCCUUCACACUCAUUCCUUAAAGGAGCAACAGCCUUGGCCAAUGACUGACAGUUUCUCAUCUGGAACCAAAAUUGCAAACGGUUCCAAGCAACUUGCUGAUAUUUUCCCGCCAGAACUUGCACAUUACAGCGAACUGAUGGAGGACGAACUAGCGACUGAUCUUCUCCUUGAGGACUCUGAAGGACAGCUCGCUUGCAGAAGGAGUCUGGUGGCAGAGCUCCGUGCUCAGGCACAGUCUCUGCAGAACCUCUCAUCACAGCUGCAGUCUGAUAUUGGAGAGGAUGACCUGUUAUGUGAACUACCUACAGCCGUACUGAGGGCUGCAAUGUAUCAGGCCACUUUGGCAUAUAUGGUAUGCCGUCUGCGUUUGACCCUGCAGCAGGAGAUGAGCACCCUACGCAAACAGAGAGAGCAGGCUGAGUGCGAGUGUCGUGCCAUGUGCCGUAGCAUGGAGACUCUUUUCCAAGAGCAGACAGAGCGCUAUGAAGACAAACUGCGCGAGGAGCGUGUUGUUAUUGAAAAGGCAGAGCAGGAACGUGUUUCGGCAGAAAGCAAUGCUCAGUUGAGAAAGGAAGAAGCAGAAAAGUUGCAGGUGGAGUUUGAGGAGAAGCUCCAGGAGCUCCAGAAAAUCCACGAGGAGGAGAUGAUUCGCCUCCAUGAAUACUAUAUUAUGAAUUCGUCAAAGACAAAAGCUGCAACUCCCUCAGAACUGGAGACAGGAGAAGAAACUGUAACUGUUCUUCAGGGUCGGAUCAGAGAGCUUGAAACUGAGGUCACUUGUUUGAGGGGGGAAGUCAGCAACAAGGAUGUCAAGAACUAUCAGCUUGACCUGGAAACCAUUAAGGCCACAUAUGAGAAUGGUUUUAGCAUUAUGGAGGAGAGUCACCAGCGAGUAAUUGAGGAGAUGCAGAGGCAGCAUCAGAGAGAGGUGGAAAGACUGACAGAGGAGAGAGAGAGAGUGCUGCAGGAGGAGACAAACGCCACUAUUGCAGCCAUAGAGGCCAUGAGGAAAGCUCAUAAAGAGGAAUUGGACAAGACCCAAAAGGCACUUCAAAAUGGUUCCAGUGUGGACAUCUGCCAGCUUCGUACACAGUACAAUGAGGAUCUCGAAACAUUGCACAGGGAGCUGGAAGUCUUGUCAGAGCAAUAUUCUCAGAAAUGCCUGGAAAAUACUCAUUUGACACGGACGAUAGAUAUGGAAAGGGAGGCACUGAGUUCAACCCAGAGAGAGAACCAGGAGCUUCGCACUCACAAGCAGGAAUUAAACGAGUGUUUGGCAGCCGAAUUAUCCCGGAUGCAUUCACGCAUGAAUGGGGAUCUGAAACAAUCCCAGGGUCCUCAUGAGAAAGACUCGUAUCAGCUGGAGGUAAAUCUCAGACUGAAGGAAUCGGAGAUUAAGUGUCUGAAGCAGGAGAUCAACUCUCUGAAACUGGAACUUCAGGCAGGAAAUACGCAUUUUAAAGAGCUAGAUUUUGAGUUGGGUACUGCAGACGUCAAAACUCCAGGUGACUUCAGUCAAGCGAGGAUGGUGCAAGGCCGACAGGAAGCUUUGAAAUAUGAUCUGAUGAAAUCCAGGAGCAACCCGGACUUCCUAAAGGAGCGAUCUGCACUUACACAGUCUGUCAGACCCAAGGGUCUUAAAGAUGGACUCAGUGUUCUGGAAACUAUGAAGCUCUUUGAAGUACCUGGCACGCAAAAGAUUUGAGUGUAAAAGAGAGAAAUGUGAUGUCUUAAGUGGGUUAAAUUAGUAAAUAAUUUGCAUAUCUUUAUUACACAGUGCUAUCGUUAGACAUAAUGUGAAUGCAGCAUUUUAAAUGUUGUUUCAUUUACUGCUUAAGAUGAUUUUUUUGA